AUGACUUCGAUGGGAUCGGAGCUGGAGGUAGAGGAAGAGAUAGUCAAAAAUCAGAGAGCUCUUCUGGAAGUGGAGGUAGAGGCGAAAUAUCCCAUUUUUCCUCACGAAAUUCGAUUCCGGAUAGCGAACGUUGAUCGCAGACCAGACGGUUACGUAGAACUGAAGAACGUGGAGCCCGAUGCGGUGACCGCUAGGAAAAGAAUUGAUAAUUACACACAGGUUGCACCUCGGUUCGUAUCUGUGGAGGCCCAGACUACGUGCGCGUACCCCAAAAACUGGGCUACACAAUAUUUGUACGACGUUGGUGAUGUCACCAAUCUGCUAGAGGAAUGUGAACCAAACAUCAUCCUCUACGCUCGAGGUCACUGCGACAAUAUAUCCGAUCUUUUGAGGGCGAAUGGCAGCAUAGACCUCUAUGCUGACGACUUCGCUUUACUCGUUAAAGAUCCAUCUACCGCUGAAAGCAGCGAAGCCGCCAAAGAGUUCGUCGAAUACAUGUCCUUUAUGGACGUAAAUCUGUGCAAGGACAAAAUGAUUGCCGAUAUAGAAUGGCACAGAAUGUGGAGUGGAAUAGUUGCUAUCGCAUACGCUGACAUUGCGCCGAACACUUUGAACACUGGACCUAACAAAGAAGAUCUAGUAUACAAGGCUGUGCACGGCUCGAACCCGGUGCUUCUCUGGAGUUUCGUCGACGGAUUGAAACCCAAACUGAUUCUGGAGUCGCCGCGGGAGGUCCACUCCCUUUCGUUUUGCAGUUUCGACGAGAAUAUCCUAGUCGGCGGCUGCAAAAAUGGACAACUAGUGCUAUGGGAUAUCCGAAACAAGCUCCAAAAGGUGGAGGAGAAGGAGGUGUUGACCAGCGCGCAGCAAAAAUACAGAAACUACAUGCACAUGCUCAUGGGCUGGAUGAAGGACGUGCGGGACAUCGCUGUAAUCAGACCUGCGGCUGUCUCCGACUUGAGGUAUUCCCACAAGGCCGCGGUAACUGGCAUAACGUGGCUACAUCCCUAUUACGAAUUCUCCAAUAUGGGGAAAUUGAACCAGAUAGAGGAAGAUAGCGAAGACCGUUCGAUGCAACUGUUGACUAGCAGCCUGGAUGGUAGCGUCUUAAUCUGGGACCUGUAUAAAAAACCGGUGGUCGAUCUAGGUGGCUACCGGCCUAGGAAGCUUAGAAGGUUGAAGCGGAGGCCUAGCGCUUUGGAAAUGGAUGUUUCUCCGUUCAAGAUUUUACACCUCAAUCUGAAGCCGAUAUACCAAAUCAACGUGCCAUUAAAGGACAAUGCAUCAAAAUCGGCGGCCAUCACUCAGAGCUACGCAAAGUACGCGGAAAUAAAAUACGAAAAGGUUAACUCCAAUGAAAAUCGAAGGUUUCGCAUCAAGGAACGGGUGAUCCACAGGGCAGUGUUCGAAAGGCGGGCCGAUAAUUUAAAACCAAAUAUGGUGAUCGGGACUGUCGAAGGUGAGUACGCUGAAAUUUCAUGGCAAGGUCAGGAUUUCGAUUCCGGUGAGACUGUUAAUUCGGAAAUGGCCAGCUAUCUCUACGAUGGUCGAUAUCACGACGGUCCGGUAGUUUCCAUUGACAAGUCUUCGUCAUCGGGGGCCACGCUCACAGUUGGAGGUAAGGUGUUCGCUCUCUGGAGGAACGAUUUGCCCGGCCGGCCUAUACUCUGGCGGAAAGGCACUCACACCUACACAACCGGAGAAUGGAAUAUAUUCCAGUCGUUCAAAAUCGUUUUGCACUCGAUAUCCGGAUCCGCCCAGAAAUGGAUACCGUCUCUCAACAGCAGAGAACCCAUAUUCACGCAAAUGUUGUCCAACAGUUAUAUGACCGAUUCGGGGAUUCAUCCAUUUCGUGGACCCAAAAAUGUAUACGGAAUCGGGGACACACAGGGUGCGUUUCGCAUAUUUUCCGUGCCGCAAUCGGCCGUGUCCAGUUCAGAAGAACUACUCAGGAGUAUGAAAGAGUUCAUCGACAGAGAGGUAGCGAGGAAGAAAUUGUUCACCAAGUGGCAGGACGAGUAUAAUCAAAAGCAUAAAGUGCCGGUAAAAAAGGAAACGCCGACCAAGGACGCGAUCACAGAGGAAGAAACUGAUGAAAGAGAGAUUCCAGUCAAAAGAGGCCCGCAGCCAGGUAAAUACAUCGAGUGGGUCAAAGAGCAGAGACGUCAAGCGGAGGAGGCCCGAAUCAAAGCAACCAUCAUUACCAAGAAGCAAUUGGACACCAAGGAACUGGAGAAGAGGAGGAAGCCUCUGCAACAGCUCGACGAAGAGAACGAGAGGAAAAAGAGGAAGCAAAAGCAGAGGCUUAAAGAAGGGGAGCAUAUUUUCCGGGACACUGUUGCCAGCUUGUUCCCAGACGCAGUCAAAGAGAAACCUGCCCUUCCUCUAGAUCCGUAUGGCGGAGGCGACCCCACCGAAGACAAAGAGCGUUGCUACGCCUCGUUCCAUUUGUUGUCCGACGAAGCCAGAACUUUUAUGCAAUCGAAUCCCUUAGACAACCGGUUUGACUUUAGGACUUUGAUUUUGGAAGCAAGGAAGAGACAGCAGAUGAUAAAUACGUUAUUCACCCGCACAGACGAAGAUACCACGAUGUAAUUUAAUGAGUUUUGUAAUAAUGUUG